AUGCGCACGUGUCCCCUGAGGCUGAAGCUGAUCGAUCUGUUGCGGUCGGCCCCGUUCUUGUCCGUCGUCAACUGCAUUUCAGUCACCGAUCCCCCAAUCCCCCAAGCUAUCGAGAUGAACGUCUUCAAGGAACAGCGAGGGCGCAUCGCGCUCUACACCGCUCCACGGACCAAGGACGGUGCCACCAUCGCCAUGCUGAUCGAGCUCGUCGGGUAUGCUCUCCAGCGCUUCCUGCAGCGACAACUCCAUUGCGUGCACCUCGUCCACAGCAUCAACGAGAUCAAACACGACGAUGCAAGCGCACACACCAGCCUCCCGGUCCUCUUCGAUGUAACCAGCGAAGGGAAAAAGACCAGUGCAUCCGGCUUGUCGGACAUCACCCGCUACCUUCUCACCACAUAUGACGCCGAGCACCACUUUUCGUACAAGGACGGGUCCAAGGAAGCCGAGGAGGUGACUAACUGGAUUGCGUUUCUGGACAAGACCAUCCACGGCGAUAAUCCGGGGGAAACCUUUACGCGGAAGGCCCUGCGGCUGUAUCUGCAUCUUGAGGAGCAUCUGCAGAAGGCGCAGAGUCCGUAUCUGGUUGGCAAGAAGUGGUAUGUCUGCGGCCGGCCGGCAACUGGGAGGCGUGCUAACACAUGCAGUACACUGGCGGAUUUGGUUGUUUUCCCAUAUGUAGCCAGUGCGAGCCAGGCCAACUUGGAUCUCGAGCGCUUCCCCGAGUUGACGACCUGGCAUGAUCGACUGGUCCGCAAUCCUCAUGUGGCCAAGGGCAUGAAGGAUGUAUAUUUGGAGGCGUAG